GGCACACAGCAGGCACACCAUGGCGGACUACGAGCCUCGAGGAAUCACCGUGCGCGAUGUCGCCGCGGCUGACUUCAUCAAGGCGUACGCCGAGCACCUGAAGAACACCGGCCGUGUCGAGCUCCCCUCGUGGUGCGACUUGGUCAAGACCGCUCCCCACAAGGAGAUGUGCCCCUACGACCAGGACUGGUACUACAUCCGCGCUGCUGCGGUGGCGCGCAAGGUGUACCUUCGCCCCGGGCGCGGCGUCGGCGGUCUGAGCAAGGCGUUCGGGACCAAGGCACGCCGGGGGACCAUGACCAACACGCACAAGCCGGCGGCAACGGGCAUCAUCCGCCACGUGCUCCAGCAGCUCGAGGCACUCAAGGUGGUGGAGAAGAUGGAGAACGGAGGGAGGACUGUAACCCGCGUGGGACAGCAGGACCUUGACCGCAUCGCCGGCGCGGUCGUACGUGGAGACGACUAAACCUGCCGUUGCUCUUCUGACGAUAUUGAGGGCUACGCGAAUGCGUAGCGAGUUGACAAACCAAGCGCUAACCAAACCUGGCCGGUCUGUAGGACUAGAGAGGAGACGCGGGACGGUUUAGGUGGGCUGGUAGCUUCGAUGAGCUUUUCCCUCGUUAUGGUGCUACGGGCAACUCAAUAAAAACUGGCUGAGACUCUAGGGACUCCGACUCGAUCGAUCUUGUGAUUGCUGCUUCUUCAUGUGUGGAUGUGAUAUUGGCCCCUUGUGCGACGUGCUGCUUGGUGAGGCGCUUGCGCGGUGCUGCGGCGGUUGAUGCAUGCGGUGGCUGCUGUCUUGUUCCUACCCACAUGCAUGAGUCAGGGCCAAAAAGCCAAGGCCAAGGAGCUAGCCGCGAUACUGCUGUGUUGUGCGGGUGUGUGUGAGUUCCCUCUCUCUUACCCGAUACAAAACUCACCUCAC